AUGUUUUUCAUGUAUUCCCGCAACGCGAAACGUUUGUCGUUGAUGGUCCAGAAGAAGCCAGUCAGUCCAGAACAUCUUCUCAUCAAAUGGACAGAGUUUGUAGCUGAAUUCAAGACCCUCGACAACCUGGUGCCAGCAGGAACAAAACUCAACAUCAUCCAGUACUACUCUAUAGAUGUCAUAGCAGCCCUGCUAUCAGUACUCUUCAUAACCCUACUUAUUGUCUACAAAACCUUAAAAUUUGUGUUCCUGAGGUGUUGCUGUAGAUCUAAAAAGGCUAAAAAGGAGUGA